GUCUUCUGCAGCAAUAAAGCAAAUUAGAAAAGCAGCAGAUCCUAAUUGGACUAAUAGGCUGCCUCGGUGCGUUUAGGGCCAGUUGGAAGAGCAGAAACGCAUCUUGUCUUGUUGCUGCUGCAGCUCCUGGUCCUCCUGCAGCUCCUGGUCCUCUGAUCGAGUGCUCCCAGCUCCACAGCCUGUAUCUGAUCGUCAUACAGAGGUUUCCCCCCCUGCUGCAUGCGUAACAUCUCUCCAAGUCCAGCCGUGUGGUUGCUCACCAAGACCUCACCGCCUGGAUCUCAUCUUCCUACACGGAAUACGCACGACUCACUCACACUGAGCGAAAACCGCUGAGGCGAAAUUAAAAACGCCAGGAUUUUACCUCCUCGGGUUCAGUCCACAACCGAAACGAGGCUGGGAUUUCCUCUUAUCAUUUGAUAUUUGACCGAUCCUCUUUUUUUUUUUGUGUGUGUUGGGUGGAGUCAACCCGGAAUUCUCCAAAUUGGAAAACCAUUGGCACAUUUCAGGAGCACCAUGAAGGACGGUAUCGCCAACAACAGCACGGCCAGCAUCUCCCAAGCCAGGAAAGCUGUAGAGCAGCUGAAGAUGGAGGCCUGCAUGGAUAGGAUAAAGGUCUCCAAAGCGGCUGCGGACCUGAUGGCGUACUGCGACGCCCACAUACGUGAGGACCCCCUCAUCAUGCCCGUCCCCGCCUCCGAGAACCCAUUCCGGGAGAAGAAGUUCUUCUGCACCAUCCUCUGAUGAGCUGCCAGUAGAGCUGUAUGGGUGCAGGCACGACGUUGCCUGUCUUCUCUGUCUUCACCACACCUGAAGCUACUGGCCAUAGGCGUUGAGUUGAGUUUUGCCAGGUGGACACUCUGUUGUUGGUCAGCUCUGUCCUGGUGGCUGAAGGUUUUGGGGGAGUCAGCUACCAAACUGGCAACCCAGUGAGCGUACCAUGUCUUGUUAAAUAGGUUUGUUAUUGCUUUGUUAUUAGAGAACAGCCUUGCUCAGUGCUUAAUGAGAUGAGAGAUGUUUCUUUUCUUUUAUUGUGCUAGAUCUUAACAUGCCUCAGGAAACAGAAAUUUGCCCAGUGUCUACGACUUUUUUAAACAUUUAUUUCCCUUUAUCUGAAUAAAAAAGCAUUAAUCUUUGUAUUAUCUUGAACAGUUAGUUUUUUAUUGCUUUCAAUUUGACACUUCCCUCACUAGUGGUUUUUCUUUCAAUUUGCCUCCAGAGUCACAAACAAUUAACCCGCUCGUUUUUAGUGCUGCAGUAUACAGUCAGAUUCAGAUUAGGGCCCAGAAACAGAAACCUUAUCUCACAUAGUAAAUUGUUUGUUUGUGCCAACUACCGUGGUAAUAAGAAGGAGGUGGCUGCACAUCAGUUCUGCUGCAAAUAAAUAAAUAGACUCUCUAUUUAUCGAAAGGUGCAGAGCUAAUGUUUCAACAGCGAGAUGAGUUCUUCGGGGUUAUCACUGUGCAAACAACCCUUAGGUCAAAAAUUAUUUAUGAAUCUGCCACCUCCUUCCCAGGCCCGCUCUCUAAUGCAUUCUACCUUUGCUGCUCUGUUUGAUUUAUAUACUUCGUCCACUUCAAAUCAGAGACACUAUCGGUUAAUCCUGCAGCCCCUGACUGGAAUAUUCUUACGAGUCGCAGGACGUCUUUUCUUUUUAUUUCCUUAACGGUCUCAUUUGUUUUCUGGGCAUGUUUCCUGAGCCUGAUUCUUUUUGCCUGUCCUAGAGUGAAUGGCAAGGCCUUUGACAUUAAUGCCAAACCAGAGGCCUGCAUGUUCCUCCGCUCCUUUUUGACUACCCCCUCUGUUUCCGAGGGACCGUCAGUCUUUUAGAGUGUACAGUAUGUUACAGUGCCAAUUUCUGUGAGAGCAGUGUGAUCUUCACACUGUGCUCCCACAGCCUUUUUUCCGUUUUGUUUGUUUUUGGGAAGAAAAAGCACACUGUCGAAACAUUUCCUUUACAUGGUAGUUGAAUAGCAUUUGCUAAUUUUUACGAUGAAUUGUUAUGAUCGUUAUUAAUAUUGUUAUUAUCAGUAGUAUUAUUGAAUAUUUGUUGCACAGCACUGACAGCUACAUGACGUGUAGUGCUACUAAGCUUGUAUGAUACUUAGGGAAAAAAAACAUUUAUAAAUCAUGCAAUUAUUGAUACUAUCUGAGUAUUUUUUAAAAAUAAUGGUAAGGGUCGGUUUACAUAAUAUGAUCCCUUCGGUGGUUCAGGCUUUUUGCAUCAUCGUUUCUGUAAAAUUAAAAAGAAAUUUCCUCUUGGUACUUGAACAGCCAUCGCAUUAGGAAUCAAACUGUCACAAACUAUUGGACUCAAAUUGUUUUCAGGAUAAUUAUUCUUUUUAUUUCCUAAAUAAAAAAAGCUGAGACUGACCUCCUGGCGCUCCCACUGACCUCAUCUCAAGGAUGGUGCCAAAUAUGAAACAAGAAAUAUAACGGCUAGAGAUGAAUAUUGCAUGGAUUUAUUUCUAUCUAUAACAGAGAGAACUAUUAUGAUAUGAAAUAUUGCCUCUUCGUUGACUUUCUGGGUGCUACCCUGCACAUAAUAAUCUCAUUGGAGUCCGGAUAUGUCGACAAUGUGCAGCUGUAUUCAUGAAUGGUAUUAUCGUUUUGGUAAAAAAAAAAAAUAGCAUUUAAAUAGCAGGCUUUGUAAAUCCUUUGAUGGAUCAAAUGAAUUAAAGGAAAACGACAACCCCAA